AUACUAAACAACAACUCUGAUAUAGCAUUGGAAAACAGCUUAAACAAAAAAAAAAAAAAAAAAAAAAAAAAAAAAAAAAAAAAGGCAAAAAGUUCAUUGGAAAUCACCCUCCGUCCCCUCAGGAUCACCGACGCUGAAGACUUUUUGAAGUAUGCAGGGGAUGAAGAAGCCACAAAAUUCACCCGCUUGAGGACUCUCACAUCUAAAGAAGAAUCAAUUUCCUACAUCCAAUCCUAUUGUAUUCCACACCCAUAUUGCAGAUCCAUAUGCAUCAACGACUGUUGUAUUGGAUUUGUCUCCAUCAAGCCAGAGAAAGGUGAGGAUAGGUGUAGGGCCCAUUUGGGUUAUGGCAUAGCUAGAGAGUAUUGGAAUCAAGGUAUAACAACUGGUGCUGUGAAGAUUGCAAUCUCUCAAGGUUUUCAAGCAUUCCCAGAUUUGGUAAGGAUGGAAACUUUUGUUGAGUUGCAGAACAUAGCUUCUCAAAGGGUUUUGGAAAAGCUUGGUUUCCAAAAAGAAGGUGUUUUGAGAAAGUUUGGCUAUAAUAAAGGGGCAAUUCAAGAUUUGAUUUUGUACAGUCUUUUGUCCACUGAUCCUAUUCCAUGAACUAGUAGUAUUGUCCUAAUUUGAUAAUCUUUUUGUUGUUGUUGAAGUAUGGAAAUAAUUGGAAUGGUUGUGCAAUUUUCUUAUAUUUUGAUAAUGGGUAUUUGGAAAAAUUCCUUGGCAAAAACUCUUUUCUA